AUGGUGGAGAGAUACGACCCUGAGGCAGCUGUGGAGAUCACACUGAUGAUCCUGAAGAGGAUGGACCAGAAUGAUCUCACUAAGAAGUUACAGAGAGAUAACAGAGCUUCUGGUUACAAAGCGACUGAGGAGGAUUGUGUCCGACUGAUUGGCAGUUCUUCUAGUGCCAUGUGGACGGAGGCAUCAGGCAGCAAAGACACUGGAAUCCAACAGGACAAAUAUGAACUGUUCACGGAAACCCCAAAGCUGUCAGAUCUAGAUCCAGAGAGGGGACUGGAGAUGGCUAACAGUCUCAACACACAGGUAGCUGUGAACACCCAGGAGAACACCCAGAGGAUGGACGAGGAGUUGGGAAGAGAAAGGGAUUCUCCUCUCUUCCUGGAACAACAUCACAUGAGUUCUCCAGAUGAAUUUACACCUGAAAUCCACGAUCAGGACAACAGGGGAGAAUACCGGUUCCAGUGCCCCAGUGCAGGUCUGUUCCAGUGCAGUAUAACAGGCCUGGUGUUUAGGAUGGAGGGAGAGGGAGGGGUGCUCUAUAGGACAGUCCCCUGGGACAGGAGGCUUCUAGCCCAGAGAGGCAAGAUACCUGCAGGACCCCUAUUCAAGUUUACAUGCCUUAAGGGGUCUGUCUGUCAACUACACCUCCCACACUGUGAGAUUCAUUCUGAGGGUGGAUGUGACUUCCUGUCUGUAGCCCAUGUGACUGAUGAUGACAGUACGGAGUUUCUCCAUCCCCAUGAGACAACAGAAACUCACGUCAUAUUAAACAUCAAUGGAUUCAGCAACUAUGGCAUCACCAAGGAUAAGGAAGCUCCUGUCUCUCCUAUCCGUGGUCUGGUGCUACUAUUUUACCAACUCCCAGAUGAUACAAAUAAUUCCACCCUAAAUGUGUUGUUGAUGCCCAGGAAUGUUGACAUUGAUGAGGAGCCGGUAGCUGUUUCUGAGAGGGAACAGAUGCCAGCAGGGGCACAUAACGCCAACCUCCCCAGCACCUCUUCUGGAAUGUUGACCCGGUCUGUAGAGAAGCGUCUUCGUCUGGAGAGGCAGAGGGAGGAGCCUAGGGCACUGGGCAUCAAGAGACCCUCCAUGUUGGAUGUUCCAGCUCCGCUGCUGACCACUCUGGAGGAGCUCACUGGAGAACAGCUGAAGACAUUUCAGUCUUACCUGACUAGUGUCCAGCUGCCUGGCUUUCCUCCCAUCCCAGAGAACCAGCUGGAGAACGCUGACAGACAGGACACAGUGGAUCAGAUGGUGAAGAGAUACGACCCUGAGGGAGCUGUGAGGAUCACACUGAUGAACCUGAGGAAGAUGCAUCAGCAUGAUCUCGCUAAGAAGUUACAGAGAGAUCUCAGAGUUACACCACCAGGUGGCGCUACAGCAGGGACAACAAAGGUUCAUUUUCUGCUGCUGGACACUCUGCAAGAACUGGGCACAAGCGACCUGAAUACAUUUCAGUGGUACCUGAUUAAGGGUGUGGAGGGCUUUCCUUCCAUCUCAAAGGGCCAGCUGGGGGAUGCUGACACGCUGGUCACAGUGGAUAAGAUGGUACAGAGCUACGGUGAUGAGGGAGCUGUGAAAUUCACACUGAAGAUCCUGAGGAAGAUGGGCCAGAACAAACUGGCUGAUGAGUUAAAGGAGAAGGUCACAAAAAAUGUCUGAACUGUAUACAGUAUGUCUACAACUGUAUAUGCAUUCACACAUCAAGUCUUCUCUUGAGUUGGGCUCAGGGAUGGAACAACU